CCUUGAGUUUGACACUUCGGGUUCAACUUAACCACAAAUUUAAUCUGGUUCAUUUUCUAUUCAAAACAUCCGAUAAUUUUUAAAAUAAGAUUACUUGUGGUAUUGAAAGUUUGAAUGAGAAACUCAAAACUGUGGAUUAUCGUUUAUGAAUCCUAUAAUUCCCCAGAAAAAUGACCCAAACCAACUGUUCGCCUACGAAACGAACGACGUCACCUUCUUUCUAACCGUAAAACCAUAUCGGAAAAUGUAGUUUCCGCAUUAUUCCUAUUAUUCAUAAACUCAACGCCGUGAUAAAUCUGCAGUAUGUUGAUCAGGUGCGGAAGACUGAAAAAAUCACAUACGAGAAUACUGGUUGUUUCGUCUUUGAUACUCUGGCUCAUUGUUUACAUCAAAUUCUUCAAAACCAAAAUUCUCGACGAAAACGAUGAAACAGUUGCGCUCCUAUCCGGUAGAUAUGAGAGUAUUUUACAAGGAUACGAAUCGAAGAUCAUCCCAGGUUUGGGGGAUGAAGGAGAACCGGCUUAUUUGGAAGGAGAGGAUAAGAAGUACGGUGAGAAAUCGUUGAACAUUUUCGCUUUGAACACAGUCCUGAGCGAUCGAAUGCCUUUGGAUAGAAAACUGAGAGACCCAAGAAGCCCAAGAUGCAAAGAAUUCUCUUACAACCCCAAAUUGAAAGCUUCUAUCAUAAUUAUAUUUUAUAAUGAACUACUAUCGGUAGUUCUUCGUACUGUAUGGAGUGUCAUUUUACAAACGCCCCAGCAUUUACUACAGGAAAUUAUACUAGUUGACGACUGUAGCACGACAGAACCUUUGAAGGAUCUCCUUGACUACUACAUUUUAACAAGACUGAAAGACCAAAACAUAAAAGUAGUUCGCCUUUCGAGUAGGAUGGGACUUAUAAGGGCUCGUUUACAAGGAGCUCGUGUAGCCACUGGAGACGUUCUAGUUUUUCUUGACUCUCACUGCGAGGCUACGAAACAAUGGUUGGAACCUUUAUUAUCUAGGAUCGAAGAAGAUAAAACAGCAGUAUUGGUCCCUAUCAUCGAUGUUAUAGAAGCUAAUACUUUCGCUUAUUCCACAAAUGGUGAAACAAGCUUUCAAGUGGGUGGAUUUUCUUGGUCGGGACACUUCACUUGGAUAGAUAUCCAGAAGGAGGAAGAUAAAGACACUUUGAGGCCUGUUAGGUCUCCGACAAUGGCUGGGGGACUUUUUGCCAUAGACCGUAACUAUUUCUGGGAUAUCGGCUCAUACGAUGAGCAAAUGGAUGGAUGGGGUGGUGAAAACCUGGAGAUGUCUUUCCGUAUCUGGCAGUGCGGGGGAAAAUUAGAAACGGUGCCUUGUUCGAGAGUGGGACAUGUUUUUAGGGAUUUCCAUCCUUAUUCUUUCCCUGAUAACAAGGAUACCCAUGGUAUUAACACGGCAAGGUUGGUGGAAGUUUGGAUGGACGACUACAAGAGAUUUUUUUAUAUGUUCGAACCGUCUCUGGAGAACAAUCCUGUGAUAGGCGAUUUGACGCAUCGCAAGCAGCUUCGGCAGAAAUUGCGAUGCAAGAGUUUCAAGUGGUACUUGGAUAAUAUUUAUCCGGAGAAAUUUGUGCCGGACGAGAACGUCUUGGCUUACGGCCAAGUUAGGAAUAGAGAAGAGUAUUGUCUGGACGAUUUGCAACUGGCAGAAGGCAAGGUUGGACCUCUUGGACUGUACGUUUGUCAUCCGAACAUCGCCAUGUCCCAGUAUUUCUCCUUGAGCUCGAAGGGGGAACUCCGGAAGGAGAAUUUUUGCGCUGAGGUCCACAACCAGCGUUCGGUACAGCUGACGGAGUGUCACGGUCACAAAAGGAACCAAUACUGGACAUAUUUCUCGAACGGUACAAUUUAUCAUCCGUCUACCAGGAAAUGUCUGACGAGCUUCGAGGUUGAGCCUGGGAAGGGGCUCUUGGUCGAGAAAUGCAAGCGGUCCAAGUAUCAGAUCUGGAAGUUUACGCAUUCGAACCAAACAUUGGGGGGAAAGAACGAAAAGCUGAUAGAGGAUGUUAACGUUUAUUACUGAAGGUUUUUUUAUCAAAUAUUUGUUUUUCGUUGGGGAUUACUCGAAUUUUUGCAUCACUAUUUUAAUUUUGUCUUUUUCUUCACAUUUUAUACUAAUUUUUUUGUGAAUUCUUCACAAGAACCAAAGAAAAGUGGCGAGACAAGUAUAAUUUCUUCCUUUUCUUCAUUCACUGUGAUAAAAAACUUUGUACUGAAAUGGAGCUCACUAUACAGGUAAAUAUUUUUCGAUUUGAUGCAUGCAUAAUCUCUAAUUACAUAAAGAGUUGCGUAUUCUACUUCUACUAUGGGAUUUUUAUUGAAGUUUAUAUAAAACUUAUGAAUGAGAUAUAUUUUUCACUCUCGACGUAACUUGAAAUCACUGUUGACUAUAUUUCUGAAAUCUUGGAUUUCAUUGUUAUCGUGGUGUAUAUUUUAUAGUCAUUUAUGCAUACGGAUCACUCUUGAAUGUUUUCAUUAGGUGUUUCCUACCAUUAUAUCAUUUUUCUAUAUUGUUAUACGAGAUGUGUUUGAAUAAAUGAAGAAUCUAUUUUUA